ACAAACAGUAACUGACUGCAAGUCGCCGGAUAAAGACGUAUCUGCACGUGAAUAGCGUUUUCUAGUUUAAGAAAGAUAUAUAACGUGAAAAACUAAAAAAAAAUAGAAAUUGGAUUUACGAAACCAAAAGAAAUAGUUAUUAAAAUGUUAAAAUAUAUAAGUGAUUUUAAAAGCAAAAAAUAAUAUAAAUAUCAUAAUAUUUAAAAUAAAUUAUGUGAAAAUAGUGCAAAACCAAAGUUAAUGCAAGUGUCUAGUUAUAAAUCAUCAAAGGAAACAUAAAUUAUAUUCAUUACCACACACACUCUUAUUAUUUGGAUUACACAUCUUCUUUUGAUUUGAAACACAUAUCACAGAGACACCAUUUAUUAAAGGAUUUAUAACUCAAAUAGAUAAAAUAAAUAAUUUAACCAAAUCAUCGAACCAAAAACAAUAAACACAACUCGAAAAAUGAUCAAAAUAUGACAAAACUUUAGUUGUUAAAAACCAAUUUUUUAAAAUUUUAUUUUUUAUUUCGCCAUCCUGCUUUAUUUUAAUUUCAAUAUAAAUUCGGCUUUUUCUUUAAUUUGAUCUAAAAGACCUACGUUGAAUAUUUAUUUGUUACAAAUGUGGAAAAUGUUUGACGAUAUUAUUGAAUGCAAUGAAUGUGGUGGUCCUUUAGAUCCUCCACCAAAAUUCAUGGUACCACCACCUCCUAGGCCACCAUCAAUGGCUUCCUACGAUGUUUCUAACAACUGCAACGAAGAAGAGAUGGCAUUGAAAGCGCAACAAGCUUGGGAUAACGAUAUGUGCGAAGCAAUACCGAUUCUUGAUGCCAGUCUUUAUAGCAGCCAAUCAUUACAAACGUCCGCCAUGAUAGCGGUGUUUUCCUUGCUCCUGGUUUUAGUUGUUUUAAUAUCAUCACUUUUUGUAUGGAAAAACAAACGAAAAGUGCAAAACUUGUUACCCUGCAAAACACCCACCAGAGGUCCACAUAUAUCUGGAGCGUUGUCAGCAUUGGCUUCUGGACACUCAGUAACAUAUGAAGAUCCGGAUGCUCAUUUGGGACACCAUCGACCCCUAGUAAUGAGACAUCAUCACAAUGUUGAGUUAUUGCACGGUAAAGGCAUACAUUAUCCAAGCGGUUAUCCUAUGACGAGAUCACCACCAUUUUUAGUGAGUAAUUCUCCAGGGCCCGAUCCAUAUCGUUCAAAUGAUAACGUAUACGAGGAAUUAGGACCAAGCCAUGAUUCAGAUGGUGAAAGUGAGCCACCCAUGCAUUCCGAUGAUGAUUUUGCUGAGGACGAACUCUCAUUGCCUGGAGAGCGUUCCUUCAACAAAGCCACAGAUACUAACAAUGCCACAGCGGCUCAAGACAAAAUUGAAGCCAACACUGCAACAAGUGCCAAUGGUCUGGAGCGUCACAGUGUUUUGUCUUCCGCUUCAUCCACACAAGACGCAUCUACAGCCACUGCAGCCUCAUCUAGUUCAUCUCAUAACAAUAACACGAAUUCAACUAAUAGCAAUGUUUGUGCUGUAACUGCGACAUCCAGAAGUGGAACAGCAGCACUUUUAUCUGAAAUGCUGCGAAAUAAUAGUGGCCGAAAAAUAUCAGCAAAUGGAUCCAAAUCAAAGAAUGAUCGCAGAAUUCAACCUGUUGAAGACUUAAAUACAACAACUUCUACAGCGGAGGUAGGUGAUCUUACACCAAUGCAACAAAUGUAUGAUAAUACUAGCAACCUUAUGGCAUUGGGAUAUCAACACCAGCAACAGCGACAUCAACCUGCCAUUAAUUACCCACACCCACAAAGUUAUCACCACAGCCUGCAUCACAUGCAUAAUUAUAACAACAAUAGGAAUCCCAAUCUUCAUCCUGUGCCUCAUUUUUACAAUACUAUCGAAAGUGAAGUGGAGAGGAGAAAUCGCAUCAAUAUACAACUGAAAAACUCAUCAAAUCCAGCAGUAGCAACUAUAUUUCGCGAAAGAAUUCAGUAUCCUAGUGGUGCAAGAUAUCCCCAACAUUAUUAUGGCGGAAAUGCGGCAAAUGGUCUACUGACCGCCUCUAUGCGGGCGAGAACAAAUCCAAGAACUAUGGAUAGAAGAAGAGGUCGUGUGGCCGCACCACUGGAUCCUGUGGAACCAGCAUAUGGCUACGCAGAUCCAGUUUAUCACCACAACUACCACUAUGAAUCAUGUAAUUCAACAAGUGGCAUACAGCAACGUGUUCCUACUGCGGCAUACACAACCUACAUCAUGCCUGAAUAUAGUUCGGGAAGCUUAUCAUCCUAUAGACAGCAUCAUCACCAUCAUCCUUCCACGCAAACAUACCAAAACUCAACGUCACUCUAUGGUCAUGGUGAUUCCAGUUUUGGUUCAGACUCUGGCUACAGUCACCAUACACCGGCCUCAUCAAUAGGACGUCAAGAUUACGACAUUGCAAUGCCAAUACCUCCAGCUCCACCUGCACCCACGCAAAAGCCACCAAGUAAACUAGCUAACGCUUUAAGCUUUUCAUGGAAUAGAAAAAAAUCCGCAAAUUCUAAUUCUAUGAAUAUGCUGCCAAAUACCAACAAACCACCCGUGCUUUCGACUUCCACAACAACUGGGGCUUCUAGUCCCAAUAAUAACAGUUGUUCGUCCACUAUUACCUCAACCCUCGAAAAUACAUCCUCCUCUUCGAGCACUGGCUUACAAUCGCAAAACAAUAACGAGCUAGUACAAGCGUGAGAGUACAGUAGAACUGACAGUGGUAGCACAUUUUAAAAAAAUGUUCCUGCCCAAAACAACUCAGUAGACUUAUUAAAUAUCCUUUUCCAAAAUUAUAGUCAAAUUUAGAAACUAAGUUUAUCCAAAAAUAUUGAAAAUGAAACAGAAUCCAACGUAUCAAUGGAGUACUUAGACUAUUAACAUAAUUAAAUAUCUGUAAAUAUUAAAACCAAAUUAAUUAAUUUAAGUUAAUAUAUGUAAAUAACGAAAAGAGCUUUUAAUAUAUUUGUACGACUACUGAGGCAUAUUAUACACACAUACAUACAUGUGUAAAUAACGUAAACAUAUAAACAUUACUUGUUUCACUACUGAAUUUAUCUGCAAGUAUUGUCAACAAAUAAAACUGAACUAAACUACUCCAAGUAUAAAGAAAACUAUUAAGCAAUAACAUUUAGUCCAAAUACAAAAAAUAAUCUAUUUAGUAUAUCUAUCAUUGUUAUUGUUUUAGUCAUAAAUUUCAUUACUCAUCAUAUUUCCUUUUCAUUAUAUCAUCUUAGUGUAAAUAUUUAAUUUUUUAUUUUAUUUUAUUACUUUUUUGUAUUAUUUUACUAUUUAAGUAUAAGUUUGAUUUUCAUCAAACCUACUGAAUGUGAUCGUUAACUUUGUAGAAUUUUAUUUUUGUUUUUAAUUUUCUAGAUUAGUUUAAACAUAGUUAGUCCUCAAUUAUUUUGGCUAUGAACAUUACCAUUUCUUAUUAUUAUAUUAAUAAUAAUUUUGUGUAAAAUUGUAUACUAUUUUUUAAUGUUGUUACUUUAUUUACAAUGAUUAUUUAUUUUAAAACACAAAGAUCAAAA